AUGGUAACUGGAAAACCGCACGCCGGCGCUGACUCCUUCGUGCCCUAUCCGCCUUCAGCACCUCAGCGCGAGGUUUCCCCCGCCUCCCCGCCGUCAAAACGAGAUCUCACAACAUGGUGGAGGCAAUUCAAGAGGAAUACUAGGAAGGAGGAACCGAAAGAGAAAACACAGCAAGGUAUCUUCGGUAUCCCGCUCAAGGUCAGCAUCAAGUACGCAAACGUCGCUAUCUCCCUCACAAACGACAAUGGAGAGAGUUUCAUUUACGGCUACGUGCCCAUAGUCGUCGCAAAGUGCGGAGUGUUCUUGAAGGAGAAAGCGACCGAUGUUGAGGGAAUUUUUCGUCUAAAUGGGUCUGCAAAGCGGAUCAAAGACCUUCAGGAGAUUUUCGACUCUCCCGAGCGAUAUGGGAAAGGCCUGGAUUGGACUGGAUAUACUGUCCACGAUGCAGCAAAUGUCCUUCGACGCUACCUUAAUCUGCUCCCAGAACCAAUUGUCCCCUUGGAAUUUUACGAGCGAUUCAGAGAGCCCCUUCGCAAAUUCCAGUUGCAGGCAGAGGAAAAAGGAACAUCUCAACAGGACUCGGAGGCCACAGAACAUGCGAAAGCUGUUGCUGCUUACCAGCAGCUGAUCAGGGAGCUCCCUCCACUCAACAAGCAGCUACUGCUAUACAUUCUUGAUCUGCUCGCGGUCUUUGCCUCGAAAUCGGACCAGAAUCGAAUGAACUCGGCCAAUCUAUCCGCCAUUUUCCAACCCGGGUUACUUUCCCAUCCGCAGCACGAUAUGUCGCCAGAUGAGUAUAAGUUGAGCCAAGAUGUCUUGAUCUUCCUUAUUGAAAACCAGGAUCAUUUCCUGGUCGGCAUGAACGGUACAGCUGCUGAUGAGCAAACUGUGAAGGAAGUUGAAUCUGGCAAUGCUCGCCCUCCGACGUCUCAAUCGACCAUCCGUCGCUCUGUCUCCAGUGCCAGUGGGGGAGCUGAAAGCUUCAAAAAGUACGAGUCGCUCCGAAGGAACGUUUCCGUAUCUUCCAAGAACUCGCGUGCCUCGAACAAUGUUUCAAAUCCCGCCACUCCCACCUCCAUGGGUGCUGUGGGGGUGCACCGGAGUAACACAUUACCGUCCAAGAUGUCUCCCGCUACUCGAUAUAGUCGAGUCGUGGAAUCCUCAAAUUUGAACGCCCCGGGAACGUCUCCGCAUCAGUCCCGAUCUUCAAGCCGCACACCGCCAUCCACCGGGAAUGGGGUACAAUCUCCCCCGGCAUCUGUCAAUACCGAAGCGGCCACCCCUGGGCUCAUAUAUGUGCACUCAGCCACACAUGGUCCGAUGCCAAAACGUUCGUCCGAGGUUGAACGUGCCCCGGAGAAGCUGGAGCAAAAGUCCGAGCAGAAGCCCGAGAAGCCUCGGGAUGUUAUCUUGCCACCACCUACAACGUCAUCCCCUCCACCGGCUGUUGUUACUCCGACCAGGGAGCGUAAACUCUCGAGUCUUUUCAGCAAAUCCCCCCCGCCAGGCGGAGACUCUAGAGAGACGCGGCAACCAAAUAGAUUGAAGAAGAAGCGAAUCCCUGGAAGUGCAAGUGAGAGCGCGCAAAGUUCAUCCAUCUCGCUCCAAGGCGCAACAUCCGAGUCAGCAUUGAUCACAUCGCAGGUGCCGCCGCGAUCAGAAUCCGCACAUGAUGACGGGGGCGCUACUCCCAAACCACCCAACAACUCAACCCCAGAGGAAUCUGAGGCUCAGAGAGUGGGAAGAUCCGAGAAAAGAGCGGGCCAAUCAGAAAAUGGACAAUCAGCUGCAGAUGCCUUACGUCCACAUGGUUCGCGGACGCCCUCUAUGAACUCGCGGUCCUCUUUCACGGACUAUUCUGAUGUUGAUCACACUGAUGACGCAUCUCGCUCCGAGCGUAAAGAACACCGCCGGAGUUGGCGCUUCCCGCGAUCCGCAAAGCGAAGCAAUGAGCAAAUUGGCCUCGGCUUGGCGUCACCCCCGCUUACGGCUUCAAGUCCGGGGGCAGACCGCAGUACAAGUUCAAUAGGUAGCUGGCACCAUUCCAGCAAGAGCUCACCUUCCGAUCUCCAGCAGUUCGCAAACGAUCCUUCUUCUCAGCCGCUAAGUCUAGAUGCUGAGGUUCAUAACAACGGUACUGCCAAGGAAAUCCCACCUUCAGAGCCUGAGAAGCGAAGUCUCUUCGGAAAGUUCAAGGCCAAAGUUGCCCAGGUUAGGGAUGGAGUACGUGAGUCAUCAGACAGGGAUAGAACAAGGAGCCCUGUGAACUCCGAUGAUAUCUCGGCUUCAAGUCAAACUCUGCCUCCUCCCAAGGAUACUACUAGCCCUCGGCCGGCUCCCAUUGACGUGAACCGAGAGCCAAAAGAGGCACAGACUACCACACCAGUGUCCCCUCUACCCAGUUCCGGAUUACCACCUCCUAUUCCUGAAGAGCCCCAUACUCCUGACAGUCCCGUGGCGCCGGUCAACCCGAUUACGCAGGCGGAGAAGGUGGACAAGCUCGACAAAGUUGAGGAAAAGACAGAUGAAAAAGAGGUUGAGAAGGCAGUAGCUACCGAGGCGACUGCGUCAGAAACACCCCAAACAACCCAAGCACCUGCAGCUGAGACUGAAAAAGAGGUCGAGGCCGCUGAGGCCGCGCCGAAAGCACAGUGA